GCAAACGUACAUUUAGAAGAGCUGGAUCAUAGAUGCACCGCCUACUUGUCAUCCAUCGAUCCAAUCAACGAUCGAAAUAGCACAUAUUCAAGGUUAGUGAACAUUCCCUUGUAGUCAGCAAGCACGCGUAUUUUGACAAUUUUUACCAGUUUAUCCUGUCUACAGUGAAGACUAUAGACUCUAAAACUGUCUGUGUCAAAUACAGUCAGACUAUGACUGUUAUUGCGAAAACCAAAGGUCUGUUCCUAUAGACUGAUCGCCACACUCAUAUAGACCCAGGAGAAUGAUGUAGGGAGGGGACUCGCCCACUUCUGUUCCAUGUCAUGUUUGUUGUUGUUGUUCUACAUGAACACUGAACAUCAAUCGUUGCAUGUACUCUACACGACAGAUUAUCCUCAUUCAUCAUUCAGAUCUCAUGCGAAUUGGACGACACGGCCUGUCUUUCGUGUGUCUCAAUAUUAUCACUUGAUUUGAUAGAAAGGACUUGAUUUGUAAAAAUCGUUGGGACUCGAUCACUUCGUCUUCGACAAUAUUUAAGGAACAUAGUGGUGUCCAUGUGUCUCUAGUCUUUAUCAAGAAAGAAAGUUGCCAAAACCUGAUACUAUGGCUACCCAGUCGGAGCUUGCACAGAUCCAACACAUCCUCGGUAAGCGCCGAAACUUGGACCAAAACCCACUCGAUCUAAGCUCAAGAAAGAAGUCCAGAGAAUAUCUAGAUAGUCACAAAGAUGUGGAAAAGCGGAGGAGAGACCGCAUCAAUACAUGCCUUGAUACUAUUCGUUCUCUUGUUCCCCUGUGUCAUCAACUACCAAGGCACAGAAGAGUUGACAAGGCUGAUCUUCUUGAUCUAGCCAUCAUUUAUCUUCGUAUGGUCAACCAAUUCCUUGAAAAACUGGGCAUCAAUGACAUCUUUUCUGCAGCACAUCAGCAAGUCUCCCUGUUUACCUCUCUUGAAAAGUGGGUAAAGGAUCAUGGAGAAAAGAGCCAGGAUGUUACAAGCUUUACGAAAGAGAUCCUAGGUUUCUUGCAAGGUGAAGUAGAGACGGCCUCGCAUGUAAUUGCCAGUCAGCAGACGGCACAAAUCUCCCAUCCAGGAUCAGAGAAUGGCUUUCAGCAGAACUCCGAUUGGAUGAAAAAUGAACAAUCAGGACUUGAUGAUGACCCGUCUGGCCCACGAUCAGUCAUGACAUCUUCUGGAUCAGAUGAAGAAAAAUCACAAGGUAGUUACAGAGAAAACAGAAGUUCUGGAUCAGAGGACUCCGUAGGUGUUGCAUCUCCUUCUAACUUGGCCUCCUUCAGAGGGACGGAUUUUCAAAGAAAGUGCCGUGAGUUGCCCUCUAGGUACGCCGGCGAAAAGAAGGACAAUAUUGGACAUGAGAAGUCCUCGACUGGAAGUAGAUACAACUCGCUGGUGUCUUACAGUAACCCGUAUGUAGAGUAUGUUGACAAGGCAGUCAAUACUGAUGCUACUUCAUCAAAGUUCACCUGGCCACCUGACAACACUUUUACUUUGCCUAUCCUAUCUGGAAAAAUUGUUCUUCAUACACCCACCGGGGCGAGUGGUACCAACAACUUGAAUGCACCUGUCACUCUGCAUGCAGAAAUUCAUUCAUCUCCUUUUCAGUCUCAAUCACCCGCUCCCCAGGAGAAUGAAACUUAUCAAGAGCAAAAUGGUGGUGGAAUUGACUAUCCAGAGAGAUUUCCUGUCGAAAAUUGCGUAGAGGCAAAUGAACCUGUUUGCUUGUCAACACACAGUACUGGAUCCAAAUUUGGCGAAACCCUUCCAUUCAACCACCAACCCCGCCUCAGCCACGUUUUGCCCAGUCGCACAUCAAUACGUUCAUCGAGAAUAGCACCACACGACAUUGAUGUUCCUUUACCCACGAUUAACCAAGAUCACUAUUGCCUGCCGACAGAAAGACAGAACUCUCCAAUGGAUCUGGAAGAUGUAUACUCUUACGACGGAGAUGAAAUGAAAAGCUACAUGUCACUCCUGCCUUUAAGGAGAUAUUCCGAGGAGAGGGGUACCGUGUUCUCCUCACCUCAAGGCUACAGACCUCCACUUACUCCCCCAGUUGUGGAUGACAGUAACGUUAAAUAUAGAAAUGAACACAGUGGCCCCUAUUUCAAGAGACAUGUCGAUGGUUUAACGUUAGGCCAUGCACAGGUCAGGAAUUGCACUGGUCACAACGAAAGAAGUAAAUCACGCAGUUCCUGCACAAGUGCACAACCGUCUUCCUUGAAAUUAAAAAGUCUGAUGGUUCACAGGCAUCAAACCCAACAUAUCAUGUCACGAUGAGGGAUUAAUAAUAGGACUCUAAAUAUUUUUUUUCUUUCUCCAUUCUUUAUAUCUUGGUCUUUAUUCCUAAGUAGAACGUAGGAGAUGGGUUAUUUUACCUGAAGUUAUAGAGCUGAUAUUGUUCUGAUACUUACAUUUUAGUUGUAUACGCCGCCAGAUGGCCUAAUCUUGACAUUUGAAAGGUGCCUUUGUACACGGUUGUUUGUUUUUGGUAAUGGGUUUUACUUCUUUCUGUAGAUUUUUUUGUGUGUAAUAUACGGAAUAUUUUCCUUCAGUUCUUCUGUGGGUCUUAGAAUGUUCAGGUACGUGUACAUCUAAUUGAAUGAUGUUUCGUUAAUGGAUUCAUAGUUUCAUUUCAAAUUCUAAUAUAAAAUUAUGUACGUUAAAGGGGAAGUUCACACUUAAGUCGGGUUGCAUCUUUUCAAAUACAAGAUUGCAGAAAAUGAGAAAAACACGAGUGCUUAGCGAAAAUACUUUCAAAACACAAGGGUAUCCUUACCUUAGCUAGUUCCAUCCACAUGUGGACAUUGACCCGCAAGGGUCUGGCGUCGAUCCUGGGCGAUGAGGACUGCUUCGUUCCAAGUUGUGUCCCGAUCAGUAAGGUCUCUUAACAUGUCAGCAGCCAUUAUGUUGUUUGUAAAUUACAUUAAAUACCGUUUUCUAAAAAAAAAUAGAAUCAUUUUUCUGCAUUCAAUAUAUUAUCAGGUUUUUGCAUGCACGCUUCUAUGAAAAAAAAUCUAGUCAAUACAAACCAUUAGAAAAAGGGUAACUUUAUGGAAUUAAUAGUAAAUGACAAAUCGCUUGUAAGUAACGGUAAUUAAGAAUUGACAAGUUUAAAAUGCGUGUACAUGUAUGUGUCAAUGUGUUUUGUUAAUAUUUCUCAUUCAUUAAAAUUUACUUGUUAUCAGGAUGGACUUCCCUUUAAGUGUAUCUUAUCAGGAGAGUUUAGUUUUGAAUGUAAUAUAUUGUGAGUAUAUAUACAUAUAUAGCAGCUGCAAAUUUAUAGUUUAUUAGGAUAUAAUUUGUAAAUACGCAAGCCCUUCCAAUAGGCCUUUCUUCAUGUUCUUUAGGGGUUCACUUUGUGAAAAAAUUGGUUUUCGGGAGAUAAAUGGUCGACCAAGGAGAUACAAUGGAUCGGCAUUUACUUUCUCAAGAACUUUUCUAGCAAAAGUGAUUUGUUUUCAAGUCCCUCUAACGAUUUAAAGUUUCCUAUUACUUUUAGAUUGGUAAUUGCUUUUCAACCUUAGUUUAUAUGGCCUGCAUUCAUAUUUUGGUUUUAUUGGCUUUGCUCUUUUGAGCUUCACCCAACAAUAUUGACUCCGAAAAUACAUAGAAUAAUAAUUGAUAUUAUGAAAUGAAUAAAUUCACUAAGAUAAUAAAAAAUGUAAGAGAUGAAUCAAUUAAAGCAGUGUCAGUUUAUUUUUGCGAUAUUUUCAAAUGACGGUUCGCACUAACCAUUUCGUUUGUUAAAAUGAAUAACUGAUUGUCGAUGGUUCUUUCCGGAUGGUCAUAGUCAUUGCUGUGUGAUAGAAAUUCUGCUCUGCCAUGUCUUUUAAAAUAAAUGCAUUCGAGAAUCGUU